UAUGCAGAUCAAGCUGAAUAGUGAUGGCAUGGGGCGGAGAAUGCAUUCAGAGCGCUCCGGGGGACCUGGGGGUGUUCAUUGGCGAGAAGUUCAACAGGAGCCGGCAGUGCGCGCUUGCUGACCAGAAACCGACCGUGUGCUGGGCUGCAUCGAAAGGAGCGUGAGCAGCAGGUCGAGGGAGGGGAUUCUCCCCCUCUGCUCCGCUAGCAUGAGGCCCCGCCUGGAGUACGUGUUCAGCUCUGGGGCACCAACACAAGGAGGAUGUGGAGCUGUUGGAGAAAGUCCAGAGGAGGACUGGAGCACCUCUGCUAUGGAGACAGGCUGAGAAAGCCGGGCUUGUUCAGCUGGAGAAGGCUCUGGGGUGACCUUAUUACAGCCUUCUAGUACUAAAGGGGGCUAAAAGAAAUCUGGAGAGGGACUUUUCACAGGGCAUGUGGUGACAGGACAAGGAGAAAUGGCUUUGAGCUGUCAGAGGGGAGAUUGAGAUUAGACAUUAGGAAGAAGUUCUUCCCUGUGAGGGUGGUGAGGCGCUGGCACAGGCUGUCCAGAGAAGCUGUGUCUGCCCCAUCCCUGGCAGUGUUCAAGGCCAGGUUAGACACAGGAGCUUGGAGCAACCUGGAUGAGUGGAAGAUGCCCAUGGCAGGGGGUUGGAACUGGAGGAGCUUUGAGUUCCCUUCAACCCAAACCACUCCACGAUUCCAUGACCCGCAUGAUGCUGAGGCGCCGCCGCCUGCUCUGCCGAGUACAGCCGCAGCCCGGAGGGCUCUGUGGGGGCUGCUCCUGCUGCCCGGCCGGACGGGAGCGGAGGACCUGCGGCAGGCUAGCCCCCCCGGCCGUGCUCCGCUCUGUGCCCCCCGGCCCCGCGGGCUGGGUCCCGUGUCGGCGCCCGUCGCCCCCUCCCCAUCCCCGCCGCCGCGUCGCUAGGCAACGGCGCGCGCCCCGCGCUGGCGGCGCGGUGACGCCACUGCCUCGCGAGAGCUCGCUCCGCCAAACCGCCCCGUGAGGCGCCGCCCCUCCUCUUUGCGCCAGUGCUGCACCAUGGGUAUCUCCAGGGACAACUGGCAUAAGCGUCGCAAGACCGGGGGCAAGAGGAAGCCCUACCACAAGAAGAGGAAGUAUGAGUUGGGGCGACCUCCUGCCAACACGAAGAUUGGUCCACGCCGGAUUCAUACAGUGAGAGUUCGUGGUGGAAAUAAGAAGUACCGUGCCCUUCGGUUGGAUGUUGGCAACUUCUCCUGGGGAUCGGAAUGCUGCACUCGCAAAACCAGAAUCAUCGAUGUCGUCUACAAUGCUUCCAACAACGAACUGGUGCGGACAAAGACCCUGGUGAAGAAUUGCAUCGUGCUGGUUGACAGCACCCCAUACCGGCAGUGGUAUGAAGCCCACUACGCCUUGCCCCUCGGACGCAAGAAGGGUGCCAAACUGACUCCUGAAGAGGAGGAAAUCUUGAACAAGAAGCGUUCAAAGAAGAUCCAGAAAAAAUAUGAUGAGCGAAAGAAGAAUGCCAAGAUUGCAAGUAUUCUUGAGGAGCAGUUCCAGCAAGGAAAACUGCUUGCUUGCAUUGCCUCCAGACCUGGACAGUGUGGCCGAGCUGAUGGCUAUGUGUUGGAGGGCAAGGAAUUGGAGUUCUACUUGAGGAAGAUCAAGGCCAGAAAAGGCAAAUGAAUAAAAACUAUUCUGCUGAGAGAGCGAAUAAAACCAAGAGUCUACUACAAUAAA